AUGGUCAGAAACUAUGUAAAAAAAACAAACCGUGGUACAGUACCUGAAGAUAUUUAUAAAAAGGCUGCUAAUGAAGUGUUAACAAAAGAAAGUUCACUAAGAAAUGCUGCAGAAAAAUAUGAAAUAAACUUUAUGACUCUUCAAAGAUAUAUAAAGAAACAAUCAAAUUUACCACUAAAACCAAACCAAAUCUUUUCAGAUGAGUUAGAAUCUAUUUUAUCUAAUUACUUGGUACAUUGUAGCAGAAUUUAUUAUGGUCUUACACCUUCAGAUGUUAAAGUAUUGGCAUAUGAAUAUGCAAAAUCAAAUAAUGUUGCAUAUCCCAAAGGGUGGGAUGUACACAAAAUAGCCUCUAAAGACUGGUUUACUAGUUUUUUAAAAAGAAAUCCUACCUUAUCAUUACGCUUACCUGAAGCAACUAGUCUUGGCAGAAUCACCAGCUUUAAUAGACACAAUGUUGCUAUUUUUUUUGAUAACCUACAUAGUCUGUAUGUGAAGCAUAAUUUUGAGGGGCAUAGAGUAUGGAAUGUUGACGAAACAGGUGUCACAACAGUGCAAAAACCAAAAAAAAUUGUUGCAGAAAAGGGGAAGAAACAAGUUGGAAGGUCUACUUCUGGUGAAAGAGGAACAACUGUAACAAUGGUGUUUGCAGUCAAUGCAAUAGGUAAUUCUUUGCCACCUAUGUUCAUAUUUCCAAGAGUUAAUUUUAAACAGCAUUUUGUAAGUAACGGACCUAGUGGUUGCAUUGGAGCAAGCCACCCUAGUGGAUGGGUCACUGCAUCUUCUUUUUUAAUGUUUGUUCAGCAUUUUCAUAAACAUAUUAAUUGUAGUCCGUCAUCUCCAGUCCUACUCAUUUUAGACAAUCAUAUUUCUCAUUUGUCUAUUACAGUUAUUGAUUUUUGUAAGGAAAAUGGUAUUGUAUUGCUAUCUUUUCCACCACACACUACAAAUCACUUACAACCAUUAGAUGUGUCAGUAUAUGGCCCCUUUAAAACGUUUUAUAAUAAUUCAGCUAGUGGGUGGAUGGACACACAUCCUGGUAUCCCAAUAUCCAUCUAUGAUAUACCGUCAUUAGUGAAAGAAUCUCCCAUUAGCAGCAACUCCAAAAAAUAUAACAUCUGGAUUUACUAA